UCAUAUUUUUUUUCAGAUACAAAUGAAGGUCUUAGUGUUUGUCUCAGUAUGUUUGUUUGUUGGAUUUGCAAGAAGUAGUUUAAACAUGACGAUUAGAAGUACAUGCAGUAAUCUAGAGAACCAGAAAUGGAAUAACAGAAAAAUAGGAGAUAAUAUUCGUGUUUGGUGGAACAGUUUAACUACAGUUUUUGGUUCGAAGGGGCCAAAUCUAUACUUAUUCUACAGAAAUGAGAAGAAGUACUAUGUACACUCCAAUGGACUACUGCAGGAUGAACAAUCCCUUUAUACUCUCUCCAGUGGCGGAACCAGUUCUACUCCUGCCGGAGUCACAUGGCAGAUGGCCGGCCGGGAGAGACGGGACGGAUUUAUUUAUGGAAAACCGGAUACUCAAGGCUUUCUUACAGGAGAUGAUCUGGUUUUCAUUUAUCCUGAUUUUCGGACUGGUCUGCUUGGAAGGUUUACCGAGGGUAUUCUGGAAUAUGGGAGGGAGAUAAAGAUUACAUGGGAAAGAUGUAAUAUGGGAGUCAAGGAGAUUCAAUAUCAAGUUGUAGGGGACCAUGUAUGGAGAAGAGAUAUACCUAAUGCAACACAUAUUGGACUUUUCCCAAAUAUCGUUGAUCCAUACGAGAGAAAAGCUGUUCAUGUCAGGUCUUCGAAUAUAUUGGGAAGUAAUGAAGGUCUCUAUUCAAGAAGGAAUUUUCUACCCGGAGAUUUAGUUUCAUACUUCAACGGAGUAAAAACAUUUGAAGAGAACUUCUUGUUUCCAAACCUGACUUCAGAGGAGCAUUGGAUAGCUCAGGCCUACUACCUGGACCUGUAUGAUAUGUCUCCAACAGCCUGGAAUCUACCAAAAGAUAUUGUUAUAGAUAUUCCCGUACAGUACAGGAGUUUAAGCCAGUACAGAACCACAUAUACUCAUAAAACAAAUCAUAAGUUUGAAGAUACAAAUGUUGAGUUUGACGCUGUUCUGCAUCCUAUGUUUGGUCCAAUAGGUUGCAUUGUAGCCACUCAGCUUAUUCCUAGAGAUACUGAGAUAUUUGUUAACUAUGGUUAUGGUAUGGAGUAUGCCCCUGACUGGUAUAGAGAUCUAUGGAAGAAACAUAAAAAGAUGAAAAGACUUCAAUCCGGAAAAAAUAUAACUUCAAUUUAAACAUUUUAUAGUAAAAUGUUUGAGUGACUUGUUUUCACUUGUUUCAUAUAAGAAAUGUUAAUUAAAUAGCUCUUUUUAUGA